UUUUGGCUGCUGCUGCCGCCACUGGGCAGAUACCGCAGUGAGGGGUCUGACCACACUCUCUAGCUCUCCGAACCCAGGCUGUGGCUGGAAUGAGAAGUUAAAGAGAGGGCUGGGAGGUAGGCAGGACUUAGCAAGCAGCUGCAAACCCAGACAAGCAGUCUAGAGAGCAAAAGGAGAGAGUGAGCUGGAGCCAAGAUUAUCACACUAAGUGGAACUGGAGGAAAUGUCAUCAUUGGUAAAGGAGGAUUUGGAGAAGAAGCUAUUUAAGCCUCUCUCGCAGAAUCUAUACGAGUUCAUUGAAAUAGAGUUCUCCGUCCAAGACAGGUAUUACCUCUGUGUGUCAGUGACCAAAACUGAAGAAGUAAAAAUAAUUAUGGUGAAACACUACAGAGUAGGAUUAGAUGAAAAAUAUGAAGUAACAAAAAAGUGGUCUUUGAAGGAUCUGCGGAUGAUUGAUGGAAAAGAAGCAGAUACUGACAAUCCAUUUUUUGAUCUGCACUUCAAGAAAGUGUACAGUUUGGAAGCAUAUAGCUGUGCUUCUAAAUAUGCCUUUGCUCGAACAGUAAAUAAGCUGAAUCAUGCAUAUCUUAAGAAGGACUUACAGAUUGUGAACUUCGAUUCUACUUACAUUAAUGAUGAUUCUAUUUGGUCCUCCAACAACAAGGAUUGCUUGGUCCUUAUGAGAAUAUGCUUUUAUGCUUUCAAUCUUGUGUGCUUGUCCCUGUGUCCCUUGCCACUCUAAAGAUGUGUAAAAUGUUCCUUCAUCAGUGUCUUAUGAAAAUUAUUCUCCAAGUAAAUAUUGAUAGUCACACUUUUUUCCCAUUCAUCAGUGACUAUUACUUACAUGAAAUGCUUUGUGAAUUACA